AUGCAGAAUCAAACAACAACAGCCGGGAGUUGCAUGAUCUUCGUUCGUCGGUCAACUUGCCAUCAACGCCGUCCGCGAGCGCGACUCUACGGACCUUUGGCAGAGGAGGUGACAGUGUCACUGCCGAUGUUUUCAAAAUCGACGAAGAGGACGAGAAAGCCGGGCAGAAUCUGGCCGGAGCCGUACACAUGCAAGCGUCCAGUCGUCUAA